AUGAGUCAAGAGGCAGUUUCAGAACUCAAGCAGCGAGGCACAGCCAACGCUAAGGUCAAUCCACCUGCCCCUUCCGUGUCAGGCAGUUCCAGCCCGGUGAAGACCCAAUCCAGGGGUCCAAUUGGCAGUUUGGAGCAUCUGAAGCCGGAUUUCGUCCUCAAGGUACUCUAUCUGGUUGAUCCAAAGACGCUCGAGCCUCAAACAGAGUCCGAUACCAACCUGACUAGACUGGUCAAGGCGUUGGACCUGAGCGGGUUCCAGGUCAGCAUCAGACCGCACCUUGAUUCCAACCAUCUUUUAGUGUUUAUCAAGUUGAACGAUGAUCUUUUCGCCAAGCUGGCCAAAAAGUCGCAGGAAGUGGCUUCUUUUUACGGAGUCGUUACGCCUGAAGAGGUCAGCACAGCAGAAAGACUCAGACUUGUCUACUCAAAGCUCACGGGUCUCAAGACUGACGGAAACGCAGAAAUCACCGUGGCUGAAGGAAGUUGGAAGUUCAUCGAGACAUGUGUCCCUGUUGCCAACCACGAUGCCAUCCAGAAGGAGGCAAAGGACGUCAUCGGCACGCUUUCCAAGUUUUUCAACUCGACGUUCGCAGAACACCAGUCCAAGUUCCUGCUCGAAAAUUACGGCACACUGCCAGCUUUCUACUUCGACCUCAACAGCUUGUACAUUAACUGGCUUUGUAUUUUGUCCAUUAUUGGUUUAGUCUGCAACAGUUUCUUUGGAAGAUACUCAAAAGUGUUCACUGUUCUGAACCUGCUGGUCUCUUUGUUUUUCUACUUAGACUGGUUUGCCAAAGAGAGAUAUGACUCUAGAAACUGGAAAUUGACCAACGUCUCGCUGCUGGAGACCGCCAGACCAGACGGAAAGGUCAAACCGCACCAGGUGCUGCUCCGCAAGUUCUUAUUCAUCCCAAUUGCCAUUGGUGCCGGUUUGACGUUGAUUUUUUACCAACUGUCGUGUUUUGGAAUUGAGAUCCUGCUCACCGAGCUUUACCAAGGUCCGCUCAAGUCGUACCUUUCGCUAGUUCCGACAAUUUUGAUUUGUUCGAUCGUUCCUAUUGUCACUGCUAUCUACACGGCAGUCGUCAACAGCUAUCUGUCGUUCGAGAACAAUGCUACCAGGAUCUCUCACCGCAAGUCGUUCUUGGUCAAGAUCUUUGUUUUCAACUUCUUAGCAAGCUACAUGGCCCUGUUCAUCACCUCGUUCAUCUACCUUCCUUUCGGUUACAAGCUCAACUCCUACCUGCCUCACAUUGACUCUUACGCAGAAAAGGUGUCCAGCUACAGAACCUAUAUUCCUAGAAUCCCGUUGCUCCAGUCGGACUACGAGAUCAACAAGCUCAGACUCAACUCCCAGUACAACUAUUUCAUUCUAACCAACCAGAUUGUUGGACUGUUGUUGGAGUUUGUGCUUCCAUUGGUUCUGGGCAAGAUUUUCGCUUUGCCAAAAGUGAAGUCCUUGACUGGUCCUGCUAAGCUACUGGAAAUUAAGCUCACAGACCCUCCUCAGGAGAAGGAGUAUUUGGACAGUGUGAGAAAGCUCGUUGAAUUACCAGAGUUCUCUGUUGACGACGAGUUCCGGCAAUUGGUGAUUCAAUUCGGAUUCCUUGCUCUGUUUGGUCCUGUCUCGUCUUUGGGUCCGGUCAUCUCGUUGGUAAUCGAGCUUAUCCAGUCCAAGGCCGAUUACUUCAAGCUGCUGAAACUCACCAGACCCCCAGUGCCAGAGAGAACAGAAAAUGUCUACCCAUGGACUGCUUUCCUCAAGGUUCUUGUUCUUGUUGGAACUGUUUCUUCUUCUGCCAUCACUCUGAUGUACAACGGCGGAGAUAUUGUUGCUUCUGUUUCGCAGUCGUCCGUCAAGACCAAUUGGUACCUGAUUCUUCCAUUUAUUGUUGUUGGUGUUCUUUUCGUGCAAACCGUCUCGUUCUUUGGCGAGGCCAUCAUCAGCGAAUACUUCUCGGAGACUUCUCCAGAAAGCCUCAAGAAAGAACAGGCCAUUGCAAGACUGUUUGAGAGAGACGAGGAAGAGCCAUCGAAGUCCACCUACUACAACAACGUCGACGAUCUGCUCAAGUUCGCGUCGAUCUUGCCAAAGAGAAUCGUGGUGGAGGAUAAAAAAGCCAAAUAG